AUGCUAUCAUCAAUGAAGCGACUUUUGUGUACGGUAACUAUAUUAUUGUGGCAUAUAUCAGUGACAUAUGCCAUUGAUGCCGAUAGUUUCUCUAAGGUAAAUCUGAUUUCAAAAAGUGUUGACCCAUAUCACUUUGCUGCUCUAUUUCCUGUUGAGAUAAUUAGAAGUAGUUAUAACAUUACCAUAGACACUAAAACAACUGGUGAUUUAAUUAAUGAGUUGGCAGGUAAAUAUGAUGAAUUCCAACCCUUAAUAGCAACUAAAAUACCCGAACUUGUUAAUGAACCAAUUUAUGAUCGGAUAAUGUACCUUUAUUUUAGGUUGGCAAAUAAUGAUCCUGUGGAUCUCCAAUACGAGGCAACAAUUAUUCGUGAUAUAAUUGAUGUUGCCUCAAACACAAACAUGAUUCGUCUAGACCUAGCAGCAUUGUUCAAGAUAAGAAAGGAAAUCAAGUUUGAUAUCACUGCUGUAUCCAAAAUGAAAAUGUUUGAAUCAUGUCUCUUGGCUCAAUUAUUUCCAUUUAUGCAAGGGGAAUGUGAAGGAUUGUUAAGGGAAAAGUUAAUCGAACAUUUGAAGAUUUGGAUCGAAGUCUGGAAGAAACAUCAUUAUGAGGAAUAA